UGCCGCCGUGAAACGGCGCUGCGCCUUUCGUUGCGUCUGGACUUGUGGCAGGGACAUGAAUCUCCCUUUACACCUGUUUAUCCACAACCCGACCAACUAAAAGAGAGAUAUGGCCGCUCAAGGAUUGUUUAGCAGUGUUUUCUCCUGCUCUCUGAGCCCCAAGACCAUUUCCAAGCGGAGACUGAGGCAGACCAGGAGCCUGGACCCGGCGUUGAUGCGACAUGAUAGUGCCGACGCUGAGGAGACGUCGUAUAAGGGUGACUUUACCUGGAACAGCGUGUCAGGACGCAGCGUUGGCCUCAAGCCCGUCCCAUUGCAAAGCCUCUCAGAGCUGGAGAGGGUUCGUCUCCAGGAUGUGGCCUUCAGGCGAUUGCUUCGGGAUCGUGACUUGGGCUGCCACAUCUCCAUCCCUAAAUGCCACAAGCACAAGAAGUCACUUAGGAAGAAGCUGGAUUCGUUAUCGAAAGAGAAAAGUAAAGACAAAGAGACUCUGCCCCAGGCGUUUGGCAUACCACUCUCGCAGGUCAUUUCCAACGACCGCACACACAAGCAGCGGCACGAUCCCCCGCGGGAGGAGCACAGUGACCCCACUGAAUUGAUGUUAUCCUUCCUCCACCUCACCUCCAGCUUCAAAAGGCUUAACAAAGAACUCUCCAGCAGCACCUCGUCUCUUAGCUCCACAUCUGAGACCCCUAAUGAAUCGCCUCGUCUGAGCACACCAGACGCAGCCCCACGGAGUUGCAGGAGGGGUGGAGUGUCUGUGGAUUGCAUCACUGACCUUGAUGAUAACCAGUCUCGGCUCUUGGAGGCCCUCCAGCUGUCUCUGCCAGAAGAGGUAGCUGGCAACAGGAAGAAGCGUCAUGACAAAAAGCUCAGCCUUAACCCUAUUUACAGACAGGUGCCCAGGGCAGUGGAUCUCUGUUGCCAGCACCUGGAAAAAUAUGGCCUACAGACGGUUGGAAUUUUCCGUGUUGGGAGUUCCAAGAAGAGAGUACGACAGCUUCGCGAGGAGUUCGACCAAGGAUGGGAGGUGCACUUGGAUGAGGAGCAUAGUGUCCACGAUGUAGCUGCACUGCUGAAGGAAUUCCUCAGAGACAUGCCUGAUCCACUGCUGACAAGAGAACUCUACACGGCCUUCAUCAACACAUUGCUGCUGGAUUAUUCAGACCAAGAGAGCGCCAUCCAGCUCCUGAUAUUCUUGCUUCCUCCCUGUAACAGCGACACCUUGCAGCGUCUCCUCUGCUUGUUGUCCACUGUGGCUGCACAUGCUGAAGACAGCCUGGGCAAUGAGAGACAAGAGGUAACAGGAAACAAGAUGACAUCACUCAAUUUAGCUACUAUCUUUGGACCCAACCUCUUACACAAGCAAAAAAAAGACAAAGAGUUUGCAGUGCAGAGUUUUGCCCGUGCAGAGGAGAGUACAGCCAUCAUCAGCGUGGUCCAAAGGAUGAUCAAUACAUAUGAUAUACUAUUUAUGGUUCCCGCUGACUUGCAGAAUGAGGUGCUGAUGAGUUUGCUAGAAACUGAUCCUGAUGUUGUGGAUUACCUACUCCGGCGGAAGGCCUCUCAGUACUCAGAUCCAGGCCUUCUUAGAGCAGAGGAGUCCUUCUCUCUGACUGAGCGAUGCUUGUCCAGUGAGUUCAUCAAAGCAUCUAGUGGAGAUGUGUCACCCUAUGACAACAACUCCCCUGUCCUGUCAGAUGGACUGCUGUGGAAACACCCAGAGGACAGCAGUCCACUCUCAGAUAGAGUCCCCAGGCUUUCUACGCAGUACAAACUCAGUGGCCAUUCAAAAGACGGAUCUGGCAGCACCUCUCCUACGCUUUCUACCGACAAAGCGGCCUCAACAAUUUGUGACAAUGACAAUUUCUGGGACACCUGGCAUGAACUGUUAAACAAAGAUUUCACCGGCCAUCGCAUCACUGGCUCCCUUGGAGACGUGUCUGAAUGUGAGUCGUAUGGAUCAUCAGAGGGGCUGAGCAGUCACCAAGGUAACCACAAGCUGCCCGUCAGACCGAUGCAAGCCUCAUUGGGUGUGCUGGAAUGCAGGCCGCACUUUCCGGUGACUCGCAGCAGCAGCGGUCCUCACGACCAGAGAGGACAGAGACAACCAGAGUCAUCAUUACAUCAAGGAUUGAGCGGCCAAUCAGGAGCCUUUAGCUCAGACAACUUAGUAGCAAGGACAGGACACCCUGCGUAUCCAUUAUUUAAGGUCAGACUGGAUAGUUUGUCUCCCCUUCACUACUCCGGACCACUGAGGGAGACCCAUAUUUCUCACUCCACACCCUCCCUCUUCACAUAUCGGCCUGACCCCCAAACUCCACAACAGACCCAGCAGAGCCCUGUUCCCCAGACUGUAGAUAAGGCAGACGUCUCUGGACCUGGACAAGAAAAGGGCCGUGGUUCACCAGACUGGCAGACAGAGAGGUGGCAUAUAUGGCAGAUACUGUCAAAAGAAAAUGCAGACGCCCUGCCAGAAACCUUGGUGUGAUGCGCCCUUUGACUCUAAUGAACUACAGUGAAGAUAACUUUUAGAGAUGGGUGGUUUGUCUCCUGUCACACCAUCAGAUGCUGAAACACUACUAUUUAUCUAUAAUUGCAGUACCAGUUAAUGUUUCUCUGUGAUACACUGAUCCUGUUAUUUUGCAGGAGUUUGAACUGUAUAUAUUAAUUUUGUUGCAUAUGUAAACAUGAUAUAAAAUUAUUGCUUUAUGUAAUUUUGUAUGUAUUUUGUAGUUUAUUUUAAUGUGUUGUAGUCAUGAAAUACAUAGAUUAUUUGCAACACAACCAUCAAAAACUUGUAUUAGACUUGAAUGUCAUAAUUAGACUU